AUGCGCACCGAUGAAGAGGAAGCGUACGUGAUGGACUCCACCAACGAAGAGCUGGUGUGGAGCUUCGCCUACGGCGCCAACAUGAAUCGGUCGUCCUUGGCCAAGCGCCACGUCACGCCCCGCCAGAGCCUGCCCGCCAUUUUGCCUGACUACGAGUUCAAGUUCAACAUGACCGGCAUGAUGGGCAACGUGCAGCGAUGUCCCGGCGCCGAGGUGCACGGCAUCGUCCACCAGCUCACCCGGACCGACAUGAGCAAGCUCGAGCUGGUGGAGGGCAAAGGACGUAUCUACAAUGUGGAACUGCUGUCCGUGGUCACAUACAACGGCCAAGAGCUGCAAGCGUUCGUGUUCGUCGGCAUGGCGGCGAUGGUAGAGCCGGGCGACGGGCGGCCGAUGGAGCGCUACCGCAACAUCAUUCUGCAGAGCGCGCGCGAGUUCAAGCUCCACGAGCGCCACAUCGCCCACAUCGAGAGCUUCGACUACAUCAAGAGCCGCACCCCGGACCAAUACUACCGAUUCUCCUGUCCGUCACGAACGGCGGAGUACCUUCACACGCCGGAACGACUGGCCGCCCUGCUGGCCGAGCUGGCCGAGAAGCGGGCGGCAGGCGGCGAGGUCCGCACGACCGUGACGCUGCUCGGGGACAAGGUGCUGCGACUGGGCGUGAGCAAGGAAGCGGCGGACCAGUUCCUCCCCUUCAUGCCCCACAUUGAGGGCAAGGACUUUGCCCUGUGGUACUGCGGCGUCAUCAACGAACCCUCGCUCCCGCAGGCCCACUCCGUCGAGGAGCUCACCGACCUGCACUACGCGUGGGUCGAAGAUCAGUUGCUGGGCGAGGCGAGCAAGUUCUGGGUCGAGAAUCCCGAGAUUAUCGGCUAUCUUGCAUAA